GGUGUGCAUUCAUUGAGGGUGCACUUAGAGAGGUCUCUCUGUAUUUGGUGAUUAAGCUCUGCAACUAUGAUAAAAUACAAGAACCUCAUCUCAUAAGUAAGCUCCAUGCCAUGAUAAAAUGCAAAGACCUCGUGUUAUAUUUAGGUUCUAUUAAUGCCGAACACAAUGCAGAACUUCCU